AUGGGAGCCCCCAGUGAUGAAGCCGUCCAGGCUUACACAGCAUAUUGCCAGAGAGAUCCGUAUGGCUGUCGCUACAUUUCGCUUCUGAAGGAUAUUAUUCACUUCCUGGUUGAUAGCUUUGACAUUCAAAUUGACCCAAGUGCACUCCCAACUGCUGUAGACGAGGAGACAGUUUUUGAAGAGACAGCGCGUCAAAAUGUUGUGAAUCGACUGCUUGAAGAGUUCAGCGAGGACUUCGACGACCGUUACUACCCCCACCUUGAUCCCGAUACUGCAGAACAGCUUGAAGAGUUUAAAGAAGGACACUACACGAAGAUCGUCGAGGUCUUCUACUUUUGCUUAAACCGGAUGGAGCGGCAACCAUCAAACUUGACCCGAAGCGCUGCUAUCAAAACAGCCAAGCAGGUCAAGGAAGAAGAGCGGCAGGCCAGGAUCAAAAGAUGGGAUGCGGAAUUCGAGGAGCAACGCAAUCACUGGCAAGCGGGAAUGGCCAUUUCUAGAACAGAUAAAAGUGAGAGCGACACCGGAAAUCCAGCGGCCAUCGAUUCUAGCCUACAACCCGAACACUUCCUGCAGCCCAAAAAAUCCCUGCAGCCCGAAAACUCAACUCAAGAAAAGUAUGUGGCCUUGGAAGAAAAUGACGGAGAAUUUGAUGCGAAGCCAGAAGUGUUUCUUCCAAUUCCACUAGAUCUCACAUCGGUGGACCGAAGGCAGGUUUUGACCUAUCUGAUCCAAAAGGUCGAAGAGCUUCAUUCCGAACGUUACAGAGAUGUUUUACAGUAUCAUUCUACUGUAGAUAUAUGUGCAAAGCUUGAAUAUUUUCUCACGCCAGGUGUGAAACAGGUCAGUGAUGAUGGGUUAUCUUCAGUUGGAAAACUACAAUCGAUUGGAGGAGACACCGAAAGCACUGCAUGCGGAGUCUACUUGCAUAUUAUCUGGCUUUCAGAAGAGCCCGAACGUUUCUGGUUGUACGUUGGCCAAGCAACAGACUUGGCAAGAAGGAUAGCCGAUCACAACAACAAAAUUUACCGCAGGAAGCAUCCUAGCCUCCAUUAUCACAUUUGGGAUUCGAGAGAAGAUAUGUGCUCGAAGUUUGUUGUACUUGCUACACUUGACCCGGGUACCAAGGGAAAGACUCUCCCUAGAGCUGAUCAAUGUUUGCUGAACCUCCUCGAAAUGUGGAUGGCAUGUCUGUUCCAGACUCUCACUGCAAGAGAUCUCGACAAAUAUUUAUCUCCAUCUAUCAAACGGUCGUUUGCCGGCCGUCAUCUCAAUGUUGUACCACCUAUAUGGCAAAGGUUCCAAGAUGAAAUCAUGCCGGAAAGAAAAGAAGUCUUCGAUCGACCAAGCUUCCAGGCACUUCUACACUCAGAGGAUGCAGCUAUCCGAUCAUGGGCGCAGAAAGCCAGAGACUCCUACAAUGAUCUCCGAAACUCCCCGGACCCAGAACUACGCAAAUACUGGCUUGAGAAUAACAAGAGACAGCUCCAGCAGGCUUGGAGCUCCAAUGAACAGAGCACCAUUGACAGGAUGAAGGAAUACCUCAAGGGCAAGGAAACAACGGUGAAGUGUGCUCCAGGCCGCAAACGUGGAUUUAUUACAUGUGGAAAAUUCAUCAUCUGUGUGCCCCAAUUGCUAAAUAUCCCACCCGGAAGCAAGCUUAUUGUGCAGUUCAAUCUUUACCAAAUGGCUGUUCGUCAUCGCUUUGCGCGCAAGGCGAUGAAUUACGAUCCAUCGAGCCGACUUGCGAUAUCAAUCAAGGGCCUGGAUGCCUUCGGAAACAAAAUCAACACAUGGCUUCAGAGCUCUGGCGGAAGCAAAAUUGCCAUGCGCAUGAACACGCUAGUAGAUCUACUAGAGGAUGUACCCUUCAAUGAGACUUGUUCGUUGCGUCGCCGUUGGAUUGUCAAUCGCUCGAAGACAGGAGCCCGGCGCCAAACCAGAUACACAGAUUAA